AUGCCGCAUAGCACCAGGUCUGAGUCAAUCAGGAACAACACAACCAUGAGCAGUCUCUCCGCAGAUGCAUAUACCAUAGCAGUAGAUCCAGAAGUAGCAGGGCUCAUUGUAUCAGCCACUAACUAUCCCCCAAUCAAUGGCCAUCCUCCAACCAACGGCCACCUCACCAAUGGGUACCAUCUCGACGAAAGCAAUACAGGCGAAGAAGUACAAAUGCACUCACCAGCCCACAGAGCCGCAACCGGUAGCUCAGGCCAACCCUCCAACCACAUCAGAACCCCAGGAGCAGUAGCAGGAGCCGGAGCAGAAACGGGGGCAGUCAUCACUGGAACAACCAUCAACGGCACCCAUAUCAGAGACAUUACCAUAAACGGUACCCACAUAACCAGAACCACCAUAUCGGGAACUCACAUCAGUGGAAUCACAAUAAACGGUACUAACGUCAUUCAAACAACCAUCAACGGAGUUCCCACCAGCACUAGCGGCACAACCAUCAAUGGAACCAACAAUAACAACAACAACCUAAACGGUACAACUCCCAUCUCGAGAGCUCCACCUCCUGUCGUCGACGAACAUGAAGCCGAAGCCGAAGCAGCUUUUGCAUCUACAGGCGCACCAAGUGUGAUCACCUCCAGCUCUAGAGGUAGUAACGAGCGUGGAAAUACGAGUACCGUCCACGAACGAAGUGGAUCCACUAGUCUUGACACUUUUGGAGUAAUCAUUGUUUACCCUAGAGCAAUGUUCGACAUUAAUCCGAUUAGUCUUGGGGAUCUUUUGAGGAGGGAGUUUGGAGAUCCUUGGGAAAGAGAUCCGCCUGUUUGGGAGAUUGAGGUGAGUACCUACCUACCUACCUACCUACCUACCUACCUAUCGGGACCUGAGGUUUUGGAGAAAUAA